CAACUUUCAGAAAUAAACUUCAAUUUAGAUAUUGCUGAGACCCUAUUAUUCCUAAGUGCAAUAAUCUAUGAACGUAAAUCUAAUGAAGUCCGGAAAGCCCAUAACGAAAUUCAACAUGCAAAUGACGAAAUUCAACAUGCAAAAAAAAUUCGUGAAUUUUGCGAAAAUGCAUAUGAAACAAUUUGUAAACAAGCCGAUGAUUAUUGUGGUUUAAAAUUUAUGCCACUUUUCAGAAUUGGCUUAUCGAAUGGUGAUGUUAUACGCAAAAAAGCCCAACAAAUCUGGAAAGAUGGUAAUCCAGUGAAUAUUUGGGUAACUGGUCAUUCGCUUGUAAUUUAUAUAUAUCCUUUCCUCAGACUCAUAAAAACCAAUGACUUGAUGACGAAUUAUUGUGUUCUUCGAGACACUUUCGUUUUUGCGGGACCAGCCGUAGGUGAUAAUGAUUUUGCAUCUUCAUUCGAAAGUACUCUCAACCAAAGAUUUGAAGAAAUCAGAACCCUUUGGCGAAUCGUUAAUGCAAAUGACAUAGUUCCCAAAAUGCCACCCAGAUAUGCAUUUAAUAUAUUCUCCCAAUACGUUACAAAAUCAGAUUUCCGAAAUUACUUUCAUAUCGGCCAUGAGAUAAAAUUAUUUCCGGAUGGAAAGAGACCUCAAGGUAUUGUUAGUAAUACACAUAGUAAUGGAAGGGAAACACCAAAUCGUGGGGAAAACAACAAAACAUCUUGGUUUGAGCUACCAAAUUUUAUUCGUGAUCAUUAUGCACGCAACUAUUUUACUGCUAUGGAACAGUCAAGACGUUAUUUUUAA